AAGUCAAUCUGCAUCACUCAUAAAAAAAUAAACCACUUCAGCUCUACUACUUAACACAAUGUCUAUCGAGAAGAACAGAUAUACAUCGAAGAAAGCCGAGGAUCGAGGUUUGCUGAUGCUGAGGCUGGUAAUCGGGAAGCUAGUGCACAAGAGUCUCUCGAUCUUAGCAUCUAGAGGCCCUCUCGAUCACCAUCGUCGUCACAAUGAUUUCCACGAAGAAUCCGAAGUGACGACGGUGGUGCCAGGAGACGUUAAAGAAGGACACUUUGCAGUUUUUGCUGUCAAGGGGGAUGAAGCAGAGAGGUUUGUGGUUAAAUUGGAGUGGUUGAGUAACCCUGAAAUUUUGAGGUUACUGGAAGAGGCCAAGGAAGAGUAUGGAUUUGAUCAGAAGGGUGCUCUUGCAGAUCCUUGCAGGCCUGAGGAAUUGCGUAAGAUUUUACAAAACUGCAGGAGGAAUAAGAGGAGUAGUAGAACAUGUAUUAAUAUUAAUUUUACAGUUAUACAAGGAUAUUAGGUAGCAACUCAAAUGAAACAAAUUUUCAUGUAAUUUUCAAAGUACGUAAUUAUUCAUGCA